AUGUCUCACCAAUCUACAAUCAACUUCAUCAGGUUCACGUUCGUCAUACUAUCCCUUCUUGCAAUCUACACAAUCUUGAUUCCCAGUAUCAGAAAGGGCUUUUUCCAACAUAUUACUGAGUGCGAGGUUACCGGGAAGCUGUCCAGGUCAUCAGGUGCCGAUGCCAGGAUGAUAGAGAGCUUCACCGGUGUGCCGGUCCUGGAUAUAUUCGUCAAAGCACUUGUUACCAGUUUCUGGCCAGUCAUCAAUGGUGAAAACCCGGCAUUGUCUCUUCUAGGGGUCCCGGCUGUUGCCUCGAUGGGUGUCUCGUAUCUUCUGCUUUUGCUGGAAGCAAGGAGAACGAGGUCGUUGCUCAGCGUAACAUGGCGGCUUGCAUGGGUUGGGUUGCUUCAGACCAAUUUCUCGCAGGCCAUUAUUCUCCCAAUCUACUGUGCAAUUGCCUUCUCGUCAAGCAAGAAAACCAAUGGUUUCCGGCCCAUUCCCCAUGUGACAAUAUCUCUCAUUCUAUGUGUCUAUACAGGAAUGGCUCUCGUCGCACUCCCUUCGCCAGCCGUGAUACCAGACGGCCUUAAGCAGGUAGUGGUGGCCUUCAUGGUACCCUGGGCGUUAUGGGUGUUCGUCAUGGUCUUCAUGGCGUCCUACCUCUUCCCAAUCGAGGUCGAGAAAGAGAAAAGCCGUCGGACGAUUUACAUAUUUGCCCUUGUCAUAGCAGCUACCACCCAUCUAGGUGCGCUGCUAGCCUCGCUGCUUCAUGCGGACCUGGGACCCGCAGAUGUAUUCCUGCCCCCCCUGCCCUGGUACGUGACGCGGUUUCCGAGCCUGGAAGAGGGUAUGGCCAGUUUUCUGCAGUGGGACUACCUCAUUGCCAGUGUGACAUUGUUUUUGUGGGCCGUUGCGGUGUAUCUUAGGGACUGUGAUGAGCACGUUGAUUGGCAGAGAUUUGGGUUAGAAGUUUGCGCAAUAUCGGUGAUUAUAUCCCCUGCUGCAAUGGCCGUUCUUCUAAUCUGGCGGCUGGAUGAGAUGCUUAGCAGGAGGGGGAUCGCGAAGGAGGACUAA